AUGGGUUCUCUCGCUGAAGACCGAUCAGAGAUUGUGUUCUUCGAUGUUGAAACCAGCGUUCCCACCCGAACUGACAAGGGUUUUCGGAUUCUCGAAUUUGGAGCCAUUUUGAUUUGCCCCAAGACGCUCACGGAGCUCCGCAACUACUCUUCUCUUGUCCGACCCGCCGACCUCUCCGUCAUCUCUCCCUUGUCCGAGCGCUGCAAUGGCAUCACCGCCAACGCCGUCUCCGCCGCCCCCACUUUCGCCGACAUUGCUCCCCUCGUCUACGACCUUCUUCACGGGAGGAUUUGGGCGGGUCAUAAUAUCAUAAGGUUCGACUGUGUUCGGAUUAGAGAUGCGUUUGCUGAGAUUAAUCAGCCGCCACCUGAACCUAAGGGGACCAUCGACUCUCUAGCUUUGUUGACUCAAAAGUUUGGAAGAAGAGCUGGUGACAUGAAGAUGGCUACUCUUGCUACUUAUUUUGGACUUGGACGCCAGACACAUAGGAGCUUAGAUGAUGUUCGGAUGAAUCUUGAAGUCCUCAAAUACUGUGCAACAGUUCUAUUCUUGGAAUCAAGUCUCCCAGAUAUAUUCACUGCAAACAGUUGGGUUUCACCAAAUGCUACAACAAGAAGCCGCAGUAAUGGGAAAUCUCCAUCACAGGGGGGCUUGUUAAAUACUAAUAAGGGUUCUGUAAUAUCAUUUCCUGCAGUUGAAUCCAAAGACAAAAAUCAUCCAAUAGUUUCUUUUGCUACGAGCAGCCCAGAAGGGGAUGACCUGAAUAUUGCAGAUCCUAAUAUAGUUCAAUUGGAUCCUUUUAACUUGAGUGCUCUUGAGGAAGAAAUAGAAAAAGAACCCAUUAAGUCAGAUGUUUCCAUGGUUGAAAAAUCCACGCAAGAGUCACCUGAUUUGGCUUCCUCCUCUUCUGUGUUUCCGCCCUGCAGCGGCUCUAUUCUUGUUUUAGAACCGGAUGGAAUAUGUAUCCCUUCUAUUAAUGCAUCUCUUGUUCCAUCUUUUCAUGGUAGUCAAAGGAUAGAGUUACUGCAUGAAGGUUUCCCAUUUCAACUUCAUUGUACUGAUUUGAAAGUGCGGUUUGGAAUAAGCACAAAGUUUAUUGAUAAUGCUGGCAGGCCACGAUUGAGUUUUGUGGUUGAUUCAUCACCAACCCUAUGUAAUGUUCUUGAUGCAUGUGACGGCAUUGCGCAGAAGUUAACUGAGGAUUCUGGUAGCAGCUCUGAUUGGAGGCCUGUUGUUGUUAGGAAAGAAGGCUUCUUCAACUAUCCUACUGUCAGAUUGCACGUACCUUCAGCAGUAGUCGCAGGCGUUGCCAUUUAUGCCACAGAAAUAUAUCACAGAGAAUCGUCUGGAGCAGUGCAAAGACUGCUCUUCAGUAAGUAUGAUGCUGCGGAACUUGGUUCCUUAUUCACGCCUGGAACAUUUGUUGAUGCCUUCUUCUCCUUAGAUCCCUAUGACUAUCGGCAGAAUGCUGGGAUUAAAUUAGUUGCCAAAAAAUUGAUCAUUCAUUGCAAAUAG